CAUUAGGGAAAAUAUCUUCCUUUCCAGGUGAGAUCUUGCAGUAUCUCUGACCUCUUUCAUUUUGAGGAAGGGAGAUAAUCAGCAGUGUAACCACAAAACAACAGAAUUGUUGUGUAUUACAUAACAACAGAUUCUACAAAUGAAUAAAUGAAAAUUUCCAGAAAUGAGAUGACAAUGUAUCACAAGAAAUAUGGCAACAGGUGAUGUUCAGAUUACCUUGAGAGACCUUGAGGCAGACACUUUGCCUGUCUAUGGUUCAGAUAUGGAUAUGGGUAGCGAACAUAGAGAGUCUUGUAUACUUUCUCAAGAAAAUGCCAUUUUGCCUGAGGCUAAUGCUUCAAAAGUGUCAAAUUUACGAUUCUGGCGAAAAAAGCCAGGUGACAUUGGUCUUGACUUUCUGAAAUCGUUGUGGGACUGUUCAUCAGUUUCCACACCAAAACGUCUUGAAUCGCGAGUUUCAGUGGAUGGAGAGAAAACCUGUAUUACAGAAACUCGGAGUGAUGAAGAGGAUGAAACUGAAAGCUUUCGGAAUGAUUUGACAUGGAAGGGACCAAAUAGGGGACAUUUUUCCUCUACAAGUAUGAAGGGCAAUAACUCUGAAUUGCUAAGUAGGAAAAUGACAAAUGUAAGUAAUUUAGAGCAGCUUCCUCAGCAUGCUGCAGACAAAUCAGGAAAAAAUGGACCAAUGAAACCUCCCAGAGCAGUGAAAGGAAAUUUUGAAAUACCAAGCCAUCACAAAAUUGACAGACAGGAUAUUUCAGCUAGUGAAUUUGGAAUUUCUGAUGGAGAAUUAGAUUUUUUGUCAGAACAAAACUUUAGUGAGGAAGACGUUUGUCUGUUAGAUAAUUCUGGUAAUUUGAUGGAAACAAACCUUCUGAUUUAUAAUGAUGAUGAUGACGGACAUGAAUCUUUUCUACAUUACAAUGAAACACACUUUGAGGUGAAGGAUAGAGCUGGGCAGGACACUUUUGAAGGUCAUGAUCUUGAAAAUCACACUUUUGAAAGUCAUAUCUAUAGCAGACCUAUGUCAAGUGGACAAUAUACAGAUGGUCAGAGACAAGACUCUAGGAAUUACUUAAGUUUUGAAACAGAUGCAAACAUGCCGAGAGAAAUGUUUCCCCCACAAUCAGAAAGUAGAAUUGAAAUUCCAGAAAGGGGAGGUAACCAAGAAGUAGAUCCUUUUCAGAACACUUUCUCUAGAGAAAUAUCAUAUGGAGAUUCUAAUGGAAUAGAGAGUUACUCAGCAGAGUUACCUAAUAGAAGACCUAACAGCUCACAUGAGUAUUCAGAGACUUGUCACCAUGGAAACCCUUUACCUUCAAAGGAUACAGCAAGAAAUUUACAGACCACUCGUAAAACAGUCCUAAUAAACAAAGGGUGUGGAAACUGUCAAAACUGUCGUGCAUCGAAGAUGUUUGACAACAUGGAAAAGCUAGCUGAGAGUGCUGGCUUUGACAUACAAGAUGUCCUCCCGGAUGGAAACUGUAUGUUCAGAGCAAUUGUCGAUCAGCUCCGUAUGCGGGGGGAUCUGACGAUGACAGCUGGGAAACUUAGAGAAAAUGUUAUUCAGUACUUGAGGGAUAAUCCUUGCAGCGAGGAUGGAACACAUAUGCAGAUGUUCCUUCCUACUGAGAAAUGGGAAGACUACCUAUCUCGCAUGGAAAAAGAUGGAGAGUGGGGAGACGAAAUGGCUCUGAGAGGAAUAUCAGAGGUAAUUAAGCGACAGAUCAACAUCAUCAGUGCGAUAGGGUCAGAUCAGCACAACCAGAUCACAAUUCAACCAACUGGGGUGAAAUCUGACCCAACACAGGACUUGUUCCUCGGGCACAUGGAUGACUACCACUAUAUAAGCCUGCGCCCCAAGAACUGGGAAGACACCUGGUUUGUCAGAGCCCGGCAAAGACUUCACCAGACCAAAGCUGAUCAACAUUCUGAUGAAUCAAUUCGAGUGUCUGGAAUGGAUGCCCCUGUCAUGAGACAUGGUAGCCCAAGUGACUAUUUUGCUGAUGAUAAGGCGGUUGAUGAGCUUAGUGGCACUCCUAUUAGUCAUUUGUCCUACGUCCUGAAGAGCGUCCUGAACAGCAAAUACUUGGAUGUUCAGGAUGCCCAGAUGUGGGAUGAUAAAAUGGCAUCUAUUAAUAGCCAUCCUAGGUCAAGCACCAUCGCCAUUGCAGUGGGAAGCAUUGUGGAGAAAUUUGCAGUCUCGUUACAGGAUAAAUCGCCCCUUCAGAUUGGAUAUUCCCUACGGAGCAAUAAGAUUGCUACUGCAAAUUUACAUGAAAUCAGUCCGCAUCUCUUAAUUUUGAACCCAUAUUAUCAUGUUAUGGAGCACCGUUCAGAUGAAAAAAGUUCCUUAAAAAACUUUGUCAUGGAAACUGUUGGAUUGCAUCCUGGGUAUUUACGCCUCCAUCAACCAAUCAAAACCUCCGAUGUUAACAGUAGAGGUCAAGUGAUGAUUACAUACAUGCCAAAUGCUUUUCUGGACACAUCAAAUGUCAGAAAAGAUAUUGGCAGUUACCAGCUACCAGAUUUUGUAGAAGAAAAUGUUGCUGUAGAAUAUGCCUUAGAAGCCAAAUUUUGGCCUGACUGUGCAUUUGAGUGGAAAAAACGAGAGCGACCAAGUGGAUGGCCGAAACCUGAAUUUAUCCAAAGCAUUAUUGAUGCUGGAUUCCUGGUAACAACAGGCUCUCAUCCUCACAGUGACAGUCCGCAGUUGGAAUUUCAAAUCAGCUUUGCGAAGGCAGAGAAGUUGCUGGCCAGAAGAAACAUGACAAAAUGUCAGCGGUACUGCUUCCACAUCUUCAAAGUCCUGGUAGAUUUUCACACGAGACAAACGCCAUUUCUGAGUACAAACUAUCUGAAGAUGAUCUUUUUCUAUGCAAGCGAGGUCGUCCCACGAAGCCAGUGGCGACUGAAUCCAGGUGCUGCCAUGUUUUAUCUGAUGGACCGUCUUUUGCACUGCUUACGAACAAAGAAACUGCCGCACUACUUCAUCCCCAGCAAUAACAUGAUAGAUCAUUUAAGUGAUGAUGUACUUCAGAGAAUGGUCACUCACCUUGAAGCUGUUCGUCAGUUUCCAGUAACUUCUAUCAUCUUGCUAGCUGAGGCCCACGGAUUGAGCAGUAGUUGGAUGUCGGAUCCAAUCAUCAAUGACAUCCCAGCUUUCACCAAGCACAGAGACCUACAAAAGUCCUUUGCCGAAGUGUUCAUACCAACAACUCUGAAAAAUGCGAUCAAUUAUGUCAAGUACAUGAUGUUACAGCCCGCUGCAGACAUAAUAAUGGAAGCAUACCAGGACAUGAAGAGUGCGGGCGAAGCUAAACCAGGGUCUGCUGAUGAGUGGUGUGUGGGGAACAUUUUUGAAUUCAUACACCAGAUUUUGUCCGAACUACAUUUCUUCCAACAGUUUUGGCUUUGUCUUGUUUUGGACAUGACACAUGGUACUUCUACAGUGACUGCGCUGACUGAAAGGUUGCCUGGAAAAACCAUCAAAGAGAUUCUUGGCAAUGAUGAAGAAGGUGAAUUGGAUAAGAUUCAAGUCCCGUUUUCUUUAAUGGAGAACAGUUGUGCUUCAAAAGCAGCAGCUGAAGAUGAAUCUGAUCCAGAGCUGACUUUUUUACAUUCCCUGGCAACUCAUCUUGUCAACAUGCAGUACUAUGAGUUAUCUUCUCAUUACCUUCGUGCUUCUGUAAGUCUGACGAAACGCAAGAUUGCUGAAAUCACCAAACACAGUAAUUCUUCAUCAGAAGUUGGACAAAUGGACGAUAGUGAUCAAAGGAGUCCACAACUUAACAGUUUGGACUUCACAAGACAACAUCAGUUAAAGAUGUAUCUGAACAAUUUUCUGGUGCAGUUAUUCAAUAGCUAUCACUACAACGGACAGACAGAACUGUUUCAGGAGUAUGUCAGUGAUCUACAGGAAGUAUGCGACUCAAUUUCUGCACCGUAUGCCUACAGGAAUCUCUCAAGAAUAUGGGGCUAUCUCGGUUGUGAUGACCGGGCACAGAAUGCCGCUGAUAGAAUGGAAGAACUGUUUCAGCUGUGUGGUGUUUGAAACAACAGAUGAACUUAGAAAACUUUUAUCAGAUACAGAAAUUUUCAUCUGCAAGAAGCCUUAGAAGAUUAAUAAUUUGAAGAAUUUCAACAUCUUGAACUUGUGUCAUAAGAAGUCUUGACACUUGUUGUAAGUUAUAUAAGUGUACAUAAGAUUACCUGGUGUGCAGCUGUUACAGUUCAUGGAUGUUGUGUAUUCUAGCUGUGAUACAAUACAAGAUACGACCAUCUGAAUGAAAGAUCUUUAUCAACACUCUCACAUCAUACCUUUAUUGCUAUAGUUUAGAAACAUCUUGGUACAAGAAGCUAAAAUCUUCCUGGACUUUAAAAGUUCCUCAGAAAUCACUGCAUGGUGUUUUGAAAAUGACAGUGAUAAAAGUAAUAAUAAUGACUUUGCCUGAGAUUUUGCAGAGUUAAAGCCCUUUGUUGAUUUUCAAUAAUAGAGUAGAUAUUGUACAGGUGUAGAGAUAUGGGACUAUAGGAUUGUUAAUAAUUUGCCCUGUGUCAUACUGUGAAGGUUGUUGUCUUCAAGAGCGUCAAGUUUGCCCAAUUUACAAAGAUAUCAUUUACAUAUGGUAGCAUAUAAUGUAUACAGUAUAUUUUCAUCCCAAUUUAUUUUCACCCUUGUAUCAUUAUACACAAAUUUGCCUCAUGUUCAUUUCAUAUAAAAGGUUUACCUUAAAAAAAUCCAUUCCCAUCUUCAAUUCACCAUCCCUGUUCAUGGACAAAAAGGGUAAGAAUUUAAUGAGGAUGAAAACUCCUCAGUAUCCAGUUUAAAUUGCACCUGGUUUAUAUUAGUGUACAGGUAAGUCAAUCAUUUUAGAGAAAUAAUUUUCAUUCAAUAAAAUUUUAUUCAUUGUAUUAAUAAAUUUCAGAGAAUGAACAAUUUUUAAAAUCAAAUAUGAUAGAAAAAAAUUUUUGUUUUUUUUUUAUCAACUAAACUAAGUAAAGAAAUAUUUUAAUAUACAACAGUAAAAAAUUGUCCAAAAUAAGGGGAGGUAAUCAAGUUUUAAAGCGAUCUAAAUGAAGUACAUUAAUACUGUUUGACUGUCAGAGAUGAAUUCUACUCAUCUUAACAUGCGUGUACAGCUUAGAAAUCCUACAUUGUCACUGUGUCAUCAAUUAUUGGAAUACUGUAAGAUUGUUUUUUAGGGAUUGUGUUCCUUACUAUUUUUGAGGAGGGACAGGUCGAAAAACAAAAUAUACUCUGAAAAGAAAAUUGAUGAAACAUGACCUCUGACCUCUGUUUCAAGAUUUCAGAAAACUUCAACAAUUUGGUAGAGGCAUUGCUUCGGAAAUAUAUUUGAUUAAAAUUGUUUUUAAGUUUUAAACAUGAAUGAAAGUUUUUUCACUUGAAUGAAUCACACCCUAAUUUCUUCGUUAUGAUUUUCAUCUGUAACACUAAAGAGACUAAAGAGAGAAUUUGACAUGUAGGGGUAAAAUGUACUGUAUAUUUGUAUAUGUAUGUUGUAUGUUGUAUGAAUAUGUUCAUGUGAUGGUUCUGUUAGCUUUGGAAAUGAUCUAUAAAAUGCUGUUACAUGUACAGAUGUAUACUGAUUUAUAUACAAGCAUGAAAUCAAGAAUCAAAUAUAAUUUUUUUUUCAAAUAACAAAUAAAUGUCUUUAAGGUUGUUAUUGUGUAUCGGAAAAAGACUUGUUACAGUCAUCAAAGUUUCAAUACAUCAUACCAUGCAGUACUGUUUCAAGCUUCAACAUCUAGAACAAGAAAAAACAACUCAGAUUGAAUUGCUUCAGUAAAGAUAUCUUUGAUUAAAUCAUCAUGGAUUAAAGAUAUAAAGUUUUAAGUAAAGAA